GGCCGCCAUCUUACUUGGUCCCAGUACAAGACAACUUAGCUUACAGUUGUACUACCGGUAAUACUAGUACGUAGUUACUACAAGUAGUAUUGAGUCUAUUUUAUAAUGGCUGAACAAGUUGCUCAAGCAGGGCAGGCUGCAGCACAACCUGUGGCUGAGCUGAUCUGGGGUCAGGUACAGCUGAGAAUCACCGAUGUUUGGACGGUACGUGGCCUGGCUAUAGGUGCGUUCUACCUGGCCAACAGAGCCCUAACCAUGCUGGCUGUCCGUCGGGCUGUUGAGAGGAGGGACCCCGACAACCCCAACCAGCCAGCCGACCCAAGGGUAGGGGAUGAGGUGCAGCAAGGCUCCCUCCUGGUUCCUGUCUACUUCUACUCUCAGCUGGGCUACCAAUACUUCACCUCCAUCCUGAACGGCCCCUUCCUCAAGGCCUGCCUACAGACAGAGCUGGAGAAGGUCGGCUAUAAGGAGCCCAUCGACGUGAGCGUGGAGAAGUGGGAGCUACCAAACCUGCCGGAGGGGGGAGCAGGGCUGCUGAUGGGGAUGAUGGGGGAGGAGAGAGUUCUGGGCUGGCUGGCAGAGUUACCUGACAAGGUCAGCACAGCAGCAGGGGAUUCUGGGAUAUCUGAGGAUGUCUCCUCUGUAGCAGGUGUCUCUACUGUUGCAUCAUGGGAGGAUGUAGAGGAGGAGGCUGGACCAUCACAGGCUAAACGAGCCAGACUUCAGCAGCAGCCUCCAGCACAGGUCACACCUACUUCACAGCAGGCUGAGCUACAGGAGGGCCCACUGAAGAGGCUGAGAGCCAGGCUACUGCAGCACAAGGACUCACCAACUGCACAGACACUACUUAAGGCCUACAGCUGCCUGGAGAGGGGGGCGGCCAUGCUGACCAAUGGGGGGUACCAGGAGGGGGAGGGGGUGGAGCACCUGCUGGAGGGGGUCAUACUGCUGGAGGUGGUGGCACCUGAAUAUGUUACUACAUACCUGUAUGACCAGUCCUGGCUGCACCUGGACAGACCCAAGUUAAAUCAGCUCACUUCCACACAACUCCGGUCUAACCCUGACAGCUCCCCCUGUCUGCUCAUACAGGCACUGCAGCUUCCCUUUGGACACAGUCAACAGCAGGCCAUAAACCAUGUGAUCGACGUUGUUCUACAGCAUGGAGAAACAGACCCCAUGUACAAACAUCUGGCUUACAUGUACUGUGCUUUAGGCUUAACAAUAUUUCAGACCACCAGACAACCAGCCCCAGCCUUAUCUGCCUUUGCCAGUGCCCUUAUGCACAAAUCUGACCACCUGCGAACCCUGUUCUUCACAGCAUACUGUUCCAUGGGUGUGUCUGACCCACAGGCCAUCAGGCAGUUUCACCACUUCAUCCACACAGCUCCUACAGACCAUCACUGGGUGCCUGAGGCUCAUUACUACCUGGUUACCCUGUACGGCCAGCAGGACCCAUCUGUCCACAGGGACAGAAUCCUGCACCACUACAACAUGGCCCAGCAGACUGACAGGAACAGGCUGCCUGUGUUUCCACCAGUCCCCAGUGGGGUAACAGACCGUGCCAGGAGGGUGUACGAACAAGUCAUGGCACAGCCUCACUAGUGACAAUUCAACACAAUACAAAUACAUGUAUCAAGACUUGGUGAUACAUGUAAUCUAACUAUUCUUACCUGCUAUACUGGUAUG